CCAGUAUUUCUCAGUGUGACUGGUCUUUAUGACGUAGAGUAUAGGAUCGUGGUGGCUUGUCGUAAUGGAUGUAUAUACACAUUGAAAAGAGGUACAACUGACCCGACAAAGAACUGUAUUGAGUUGAAUUCUCAGCCUGUAGGUCUGGAGAGAAUCAACAAAACAAUUUAUGUCGGAACGAUGGAUGAAUCUCUUCACUGCUACACAUCUAAGGGUAAGAAGUUGUGGACGGUAAAGUUACCGGGGAGUAUGACGACUAUGGAGGUGAUAGACUACAAGAGUAAGGGCUUUAAGGCGGUGAUAGUGGCCCUCAAUAACUGUCAGGUCCACAUCUACAAGGAGAAGUACCUCGUCAAUGUCAUCAAGACGGACGACGUCGUCACCGGGCUCAAGUUUGGACAGUUUGGGCGGGAGGAGGGAACUCUCAUAAUGACCCUGAAAGGUGGAGGACUGAUGAUUAAGAUCCUGAAGAGAAAUGCCACGUUUGAGGAGAAGGAUUUGUCUGGGGGUCCCCCCGCCGCUCAGAACUCUCGCCUCAACGUCCCAAAGAAAACCAAGCUGUUUGUGGACCAGACCAUGAGGGAAAGAGAGAGCGCAGUCAAUUUUUAGGUUCUGUCGGUCAAAAUGUCAUAAAGCAUUUAAAAACAGCUAGAGAAAUCCACGAAAGGCCAAGUGGACAAAGGCUUUCAGAAAGGCUGCAGGGAAAGAGCUGGCUGUGGAUCCAUCGCUGGAAUUCGAAAAACGCAGACAUGUCCCCGUCAAAUACAACAGAGAACUGUGGCAGACAACGUUCAAAGCAAUGAAGAGAAUAGAGGAGAUUCGAGUAAAAAGACAAAACCAAUUCAUUCUAAACAGAUUAAAUAAGGGCAAAGAACUAAGGAAAGAAGCAGACGUGAAGGAGGUUGAAACAAACAUACACUUAAUCAGAGCACCAGCAGCUCGAGCCAAGAAACUUGAGAAGAAGAUGGUACAGGUGAUACAGGAAGCAGAUGAUGAAGACAUGGAAGAAGUUUAGGGAUCCAAGGAAGGGGGAUCUAACAGGAGUGGGGAGAUCAUUACUGUACACUGACAUUCUAUAGAAUGACAAACUGUUAUGUGACCUUGAUUGUUUUAUUCUUCAUCAAAAAUGGAGAAGUUUUCCUUUUUGUACUUAUAACUGAUGAAAGAACAUUUUAUAAAUCAUUGGAAUUGAUGGUUUAAAACAGACAAAAAGAUGUUGUCUGUUACCCUUUUAAAGGUAGCAAUAUUUAAUAAAUUGAAAAGGAUGUUUCAGAA